CUCACUCUCUCCUAUUUUCCUCCUCUCUUUGGUCCUUCACAACCCCCUCCCUUUUUUCUAAUCACUUUCUUUUCUUAUCUGUCGUCCACUCCUUAUUUAAUUUUUUACCAAUAUGUACCGGAACCCUUGGAUCUCCAACUACAUCAACCAUGUCAAGUUGUGCCAAGGCUUCACAGGAGAAACGUCUCCUAAAGUUGGCAAUACCAAACUACAACGGCGAGCUCUUAGCUUCCAGAAAGAGUUCUUGUUUGAAGAGAAAGACGAGGGAACUAACAAAGAAUUACAUGUCAGUCCGCUUGGAAGCACACCCAAGGUCUCAGAAUUAAGGAAACGUUUUGAGAGCAUAAGCUCAAGCCAGAGUUGGGACAUGAACAGGAAAGAGCGAAGUGCAAGACGCCUGGAGGGAAUCGAUAGUGACGUUCUCCAAAAUCUCCCAGGCUGUGGCGGUCUAGUUACCAAUCGACUGCUAGAGGAGGACACUCCGAGAUAUACUCGUGCAGCAGACACCUGUGAUCCCUGUACAGUUUCUCUUCAGCACUAUGGCAAAAAUGACCCAAACUUCCCAAAUCCGCACAGUACAGAGGUUCAGUCUAGAACCCACACGGUCCAACCGGAGACUGUCUACAGCACUGGCUCCACUCAUAUGGGAGAGCUGGACUCUAAGGCUGAGAGGAUUGCACGCUACAAGGCAGAACGGCGCCGUCAGCUAGCAGAGCGCUACGGCAUCUCUCUGGAUCAGGAGACCGAGACCGACUAUGCGGCUCGCUACCCCAAAACAACCAGAGAGCCCGACGGCUCGGACCGACAACAUAGGUCAAAGGCAGAAGGUGGAGAUGGAGUGGAGCAUAGUGCUUACACCCCCAGCUAUCAUGCAGACAGGUCCAGCUCACACAUUCACAGCGAUCCAGAGUACAUCUCAGAGCGUGAGAGGUUGAUGAAUCUCGAGAACCAGAGGAGGGCACAUGAGCGGGAUAGAUUACAUGGAGGUGGAGGGGUUGCCCCUGACCCAUCUGCAUAUAUGGAUGUGUCUGGGUCUGCCAGGGUCCCGGGGAAGGAACCUGGGGCGAUGGGGGUUCCCAGCUCACCUAAUGCAGGUCAAAGGACCAUGAUGCCAUCUCCAAAACAGGGAGCAUCUCCUGGUGAUCUGUUUAUUGAGCAGCAGGCUCACAACAUCCUCCAAAGACACGGCUCCUGUAGCCAGUCAACAAACCAGUGGUCACUUCAGACUGACUCAGAAGGAGACACCCUCUCUCCAAUCAACUGGCCCUCCAGAAUCCGAGUUAGAGAGAGACUGGCCCGUGACGAGCCGUUUCACAGGGGUCAAACAGCAGAAGGACCUGCAUUCAACCAGAUUCCCCAAUCAUACCCUCGAUAUCACCCUCACAGUCGGAAUGUCCCUGAUUCGGCUCCAGCCAAACAGCGGCUGACCCACCCUGGACUAGAGGAACGCCAUGACCUGGGGUGCCAGAGCUACUUCUCCAUGGGCAGCGAAUCCGGUUCAAGGCAUAAACAAGAGAUUCAAGAAGUGCUUGAAACAGAGGGAAAAAAGGAUGUGAGGACAGUGGGGCUCUUGCGUAGCAGGAAGGCAGUUUUACCUUCUGAAAUUCGUCGGAAAGAACGGAGCACUGAAGACCCGUGCCAAGGAAGUACCGACAAUGUAGAGGUAAACCCUGCCAUCAGUCGGCACUCGAGGGAGGAUAUUGCAGAUGACCCCAGAGUGCGCCGUGGAGGUCAGUCAAGACGGGAAGUUUACACACAGCAUGUGUCCCGACUUCAGGCCUCAGAGUCUAUGCAAGCAAGAGCUCGAGAGGCCCAUAGAAGGGCUAAUGUUGGCUGCUACGCCCCAGUCCAGACCUCCAGUGGGAGAUGUAUGCCAAAACCUCUAGAUACUGGAAAUGUCCAACAGAAUGCCAUCCAGAACCCAAUCAGAGAGCCUGCCCCUCAGGAGAAAGUGCCUAAUGGGGAUCACCUAUCCCACGAUGCAAGGGUUUCAGUUGCUCAACUCCGCCACACCUACCUGGAAAGUGUUGCGAGUCCCCGGAAAGCCGAACUGGCAGAAGAAGUGCCUCCAGAUACACAUGCACCCUGGAGAAGUGAGAGAGUCAAAGAUCGCUCAUCUCGUCGCCCUUUGCGGUAUAUAUGUCCCACUGAGAAUAGAAAGACAUCUGAGAGGUUUAGAACGCAGCCUAUCACAUCAACUGAGCGUGAACAGUCGGACCGGUCUCAUCUAAGCCCUGAGCCACUGAGCCCUGAAGGGGAUGAAGAGAAGUUGGAUGAGAGAGCAAAGCUGAGUGUUGCCGCAAAGCGCUCUCUUUUCAGGGAGCUCGAAAAGACUUCAGAUGGUUCAGUUUUGAAGGCAUGGAGCCGUAACGCUGCUGUUGAGCGCAGGCUGAGGAGAGGUCAGGAUCGCUCUCGGACUCAGCCUGUCACCUCAGAGGAAGUGGUCAUCGCUGCUACUGUUCCUGGCCAUUUGUCACAGUCCGUGACUGUACAAACCUCUGUAGCGCGUGUUCCUAGUCCCACUCUAGUCAGCAGCUCUGUGACCAAAUCCAGUUUGCAGGCAUCAUCUCAGCAGAGCUGCAUGGUGAGGGAGCAGGCCAGAGAGGUUCGGCUGGCUCAGGAGGCAGUGGAGACGGAUCGAACCCGCCAUGCAUCUCCGGGGGAGGAUGGUCAAGAGGAGCCAGACCUUUCCACGCUCACUCUGGCAGAGAAGAUGGCACUCUUCAACCGCCUGGCACAGCCGUCCAGCCACGGUCCUCGGGCAAGGGGAGAAACUCGGUCACGUAGAAGUAAUGCCCGCUACCAGACUCAACCAAUCACACUAGGAGAGGUUGAACAAGAUGACUCUGAUUCUGAGCUGUUUGACGAGGAAUCGGAGUUCUCAGAGCUUCUGAGCGAUCUGGAACAUGUGAGGAUACCCGAGUCCUCUAGAACCCUACAGCCUGCAGGUGGAGCUCGUUUCGCCUCCACUUCCACCUCGGCCCUGAGAUCCUCGACCGUUUCCACUGAACAUGCUGGUGACAUCCACCUGACCAUGUCCAAUGUAUCUGGCCCUGCUUACUAUGAGCAGACCCUCUCUCCACCUUACCAACCUCAAACUGUUCAUCAGAGCUCGGAUGUGUUCCCAGUGGCCCAAGGAGAAAAGCAGUUACUGAACAUGGGGAAGAGGAAGCUUCCCUCUCCAGAGAGCAUGAAACAGACACCACACGCUCAACCGGCCAGAGACUGGGAGGAGUAUAAAGGGCACAACGAGGCUCUGGUGACCCCUAAAGACCCUUCAGAAACAGAUGGAGAGCACAAGUUAAAGGCAGCCAUAUCAGACCUUCCUGUGCACACAGCCGCAGUACGUGCAGCAGCAGCAGCUGUAUCGCAGGGCUCAUCCUCUUUACGGAGCGGCUCGCUCGCACUGCACGCGCACGCGGAGUCCGCCGGACACCUCUCGGAGGACAGCAGGAGAGAAGACGAGCAGGAGACUGACUUUAAAACGGAGGACGGAGACAAGCUCUCAAACAUCAUGUCUGCCAGACAGAUGUCCAUCAAAGACAGGCUGGCUCUGUUGAAGAAGAGUGGGGAGGAAGACUGGAGGAACAGGAUAAAUAAAAAACAGGAUGUGGUGAAGGUUGCUGUGUCUGAAAGACACGCCCAGCUAUGGGAAGUGGAGCAAAGCUUCAAGAAGAAGGAUGAUGGGAUGAUGAUAGAUGACUUUGCCGUGUCUGAUCAACUUUGGGAUCCUGUCUUUUCCUCCUCCUUUUCGUGUGCCUCUGAACCACUGGAUCAAAUAGCAAUCCUCCCCAAGGCUACCCCCCUGCCCGUGCAGGUGGAUGAGCGUCACCCCUGGAGACGGAAGAAGAUGGGAAAUGAGGCGGUGGAGAGUCAGCAGAUUGAGAGAAUCGAGAUGUCUAUUCAGGAACGCAAGCAGCUCAUCAACGCACAAGAGGAUGCCUGGAAGGUCAAAGGUUACAGAGCAUCCAAUGACUCCACUCAGUUUACAGUGGCUGGACGUAUGGUUAAAAAAGGUCUGGCAGCCCCCUCUGUUCUCACAAAUCCAGUGCUGUCCCCCCUGUCCUCUAAAAACAAGAAUUCCUCCCAUACCAUCUCAAAGCCACAUGAAGAGAUAGAAGUCAAACAGGACAUGAGGGUGGAGUCAGACAAGAAGCUGGAAAAGUUGGAGUCAUUUUUGGGUCGGCUCAAUAGUAAGGUUUCAGGACUUCAGGAGUCCACGAUUGCAGUCACAGAGAAGUCUGUUAAAGAGGUCAUGACUGUGGAUGAUGAGAUAUUCAAUAAGUUUUAUAGACACACAGAGGAUAUGGCCAAGAUCAGUAGCAGGGUGGAAAUCAAUGAUGAUUUUGAUGCUAUUUUUGGAGUGCAGUUGCCCAGGUUGACCUCAGACAUGGUGCAGCACAAACGUGCAGUACGGCCAACCAGAAAUGUUCAGUCAUCCAAAAACCCCCUGAAAAUGCUGGCUGUUCGGGAGGACAUUAGACACGAGUACACAGAACAGAGACUGAAUAUCGGCCUUCUGGAGAGCAAGAGGAUGAAACAGGAAAAGAUGAAUAAGAACAGCGGUUUCUCUGAGGUUGCUCUUGCCGGAUUGGCAAGUAAGGAAAACUUCAGCAGUGUGAGUCUGCGAAGUGUGAAUGCAUCUGAGCAGAGUUCCAACAACAGUGCCAUGCCCUAUAAAAAACUCAUGCUCAUUCAGGUCAAAGGACGACGCCAUGUCCAGACCAGACUGGUUGAGCCCAGAGCUUCCUCUUUGAACAGUGGUGACUGCUUCCUUUUGAUCACACCUCAUUAUUGCUUCAUCUGGAUUGGAGAGUUUGCAAAUGUUAUUGAGAAGGCCAAAGCUGCAGAGUUAGCAACGUUCGUUCAGACCAAGCAUGACCUGGGAUGCAGAGCCUCGUAUGUGCAGACCAUUGAGGAAGGUGCCAACACUCACACUCAUGCUGCCAAAGAGUUUUGGAAGAUUCUUGGCGGCCAAGCCAGUUAUCAAACCGCUGGAACUCCAGAAGAAGAUGAGUUUUAUGAGAGUGCUGUUGUAGAAACCAACUGUAUCUACAGACUCAUGGAGGAUAAACUUGUUCCUGAAGACGACUACUGGGGACGGGUUCCUCGCUGCUCCAUGCUUAACCCUAAAGAAGUGCUGGUGUUUGAUUUUGGUAGCGAGGUCUAUGUAUGGCAUGGUAAGGAGGUGACGCUGACGCAGAGAAAAGUGGCAUUUCAGCUGGCAAAGCACUUGUGGAAUGGCACCUUUGACUACACCAACUGUGAUAUUAAUCCUCUGGACCCUGGAGAGUGCAAUGCACUUAUACCCAGGAAAGGCCAGGGACGACCAGACUGGGCUGUGUUUGGCAGGUUAACUCAGCACAAUGAGACUAUUCUUUUCAAAGAGAAGUUUUUGGACUGGAGUGACUCCAAGAAAUCCACUAAGAAGAAUGGCGACUCGCAUGUUGUUGAAAACAAGGAGCAUCGUGGUGGGGAAUGUCGGCCUUAUGAUGCAUCACUGAUGUUGACGAUGGUACGAAUGCCGGUCAAGACCGUUCUGGAUGGGGUCGAUGUUGGACGAGGUUAUGGAUUGGUGGAAGGUGACGAGGGGCGUAACUUUGAGAUCAGCACAUUAUCUGUUGAUGUCUGGCACAUUCUAGAGUUUGACUACAGUCGUCUACCCAAACAGAGCAUCGGUCAGUUCCAUGAAGGAGACACAUAUGUGGUCAAAUGGAAGUACAUGAUCAGUACAGCAGUUGGCAAGAGACUGCAUUCAGAACGGAUCAUCGGUCCAGGGAAGGAGAAAUGCUGUUAUUUCUUCUGGCAGGGUCGCAACUCCACUGUGAAUGAAAAGGGAACCUCAGCACUUAUGACUGUAGAGCUGGAUGAGGAGAGGGGUGCUCAGGUCCAGGUACAGCAGGGAAAGGAGCCUCCUUGUUUCUUACAGUGCUUCAAUGGAGGAAUGAUUGUUCAUGCUGGAAAGAGAGAAGAGGAGGAAGAAAAUGCACAAAAUGACUGGCGUUUAUACUGUGUGAGAGGAGAGAAGCCCAUAGAGGGCCAUCUGCUAGAGGUUGUGUGCCACUGCAGCAGCUUACGGUCUCGCACCUCUAUGAUCCUCCUGAACAUCCCGAAAGCCAGCAUGUACCUGUGGCAUGGCUGCAAAGCACAGAUGCACACACGAGAUGUGGGUCGUACCGCUGCCAACAAAAUUAAAGAGCAGUGUCCUCUGGAGGCGGGGCUUCACAGCAGCAGCAAGGUGUCCAUCCAGGAGUGUGAUGAAGGAGCUGAACCACAGGGCUUCUGGGAGGCCUUGGGAAGAAGAGAUCGAAAGGCGUAUGACUGCAUGCUGCAGGAUCCGGGAAAGUUCAACUUCACUCCCCGGCUGUUCCAGUUAAGCAGCGCUUCAGGAGAGUUUGUGGCCGUGGAGUUUGUGUAUCCAUCCAGGGAACCAAAUUUGGUCAACUCAAUGCCUUUCCUACAGGAGGAUUUGUAUACAGCUACUCAGCCAGCCCUGUUUUUGGUGGAUAAUCACCAUGAAGUGUACCUAUGGCAGGGCUGGUGGCCUCAGGACAGUGAGAGCACUGGAUCAGCUCGCAUACGAUGGGACUCUGACAGGAAGUGUGCCAUGGAAACAGUACUCCAAUAUAGCAAAGGAAAAAAUGAGAAGAACACUCCAAAAUCAUAUCUAAUCCACGCAGGACUUGAGCCUCUAACUUUCACUAACAUGUUUCCCAGCUGGGAACACAGAGAGGACAUCGCUGAGAUCACAGAGAACGAGGCUGAAGUAUGUAAUCAGAUCAUUCUGGUUGAAGACGUCUUGACUAGACUCUGCAAGACCACUUACCCACUUGCUGAUCUUCAAGCUCGUCCGCUACCAGAAGGAGUUGACCCUCUGCAUCUAGAGAUCUACCUUUCAGAUGAGGACUUUGAGGGUGUAGGGGCUUCUGGGAAGAAAGCAUUGGAAAUGACAAGAAGUGAAUACGAGGCACUACCAGGGUGGAAGCAAGUGAAUGUGAAGAAAGCCAAAGGACUGUUUUAAAGGAACUGCUGAUUGGGAUUGAAUCUGAAGUUGGAGACUUUCUCAUUCCUUUUAAUCAAGAAGGACAAAUGCAAGUGAAGAUCUACCUGUGUCAAACCACACAGGCCGGUGAAAAGGAGCAGGAUGAAGGAGAAAAGACGCCAAUGGGCAGGGGUUUAGCAGCCUCUUGUAGCACAUUUCUCUCAUUUUCUCCUUUUUUGUUUGUUUUUUUUUUAUCAGUGAAUUGUUGAAUGUUUUGAUUGCUCCCAGCAUCUUUUCUUCCCAUCGUUCUUGCGUUGCUGUGUCCACAUAAAGCCAGUCACCGUCCAACAUGCACAAGGCAGCCCUCAUGCACUGCCCAGCUUUAUAUAAAGACCUAAUAAAUGAAAUGCCUUGUAGUUAUUAUCUAAUUGUAAGAAAGCUCAAAAGAGCACUUUAUGUAAGUACGUUCAUACCUGCUCUUAUAAAUGGCCUCAAGAUGUGUUUAAACCUUCCAGAUAGAUGCUUGAACUUGAGAACCCUAUAUGUGUGUGUGUGUGUGUGUGUGUGUGUGUGUGUAUGCGUGCAUGGGAGAGUGUCUGUGAAACCAUACUCUCUGUGUGUGUGUGCGUGUCUGAAUUCCUGUUCAAAUAGGAUCGAACGAAACCGUGGAAUAAGAGAAAAUGUCUUUCUAUUCUGCAUUGUAUAGUGCCUUGCCUUUAUGUACAGUUUAUAUAAAGACAGAUGCUAGUCUGUAUUUUGAAGACACAUUUGUGAUAUCAAUAAAUAAGUGGUGCAAAUAAACACUGAAUAAUGUAGAUAAUA